AUCCGCGAGCCCCAGGACGCCGUACCCGAGCCAAACCACGACGGCGACGAUGUCCACGAUGUCCUUCCGCUGUGUCCUCCGCGCCGCGGCGAUGUUGUGCUUCCUGCUGGUGUGCGCGAGUGCCGCUCCGCUGGACCCCGGGGAACCUUGCCAACCGGACAAAUUGACUGUCUACAAGAUGGUCCUGCACACUUUCUGGUCCAGGGACACCUUCCCCAAGCACUAUCCUGAUUGGAGGCCGCCGGCGCAGUGGUCCAAAGUUUUCGGUCAGUUUUUCAAUUUUAUUUUGAUUAGCUUGAUAGAAAUUCUAUCGUUCAGUAGAGCAGAUCUGACAAACAAUGUAAGCAAUUUCGAGCCAGAUAGCCUGUUUCAGAGUGACAUAUUAAGCUUAUGUCAUAAAAAUGAUGAUAGAAAGUAG